AUGGAAACCACUGUGAAUGAAGCAGUGGAUGAGUUGACCAAUGCAUUUUCGGUUGAUGCUGCCAGUAAGCCAACUAUUGAAGCAUUUAAAAAAGAAACGACAUCAUGUAUGAAACGUGUUCAGGAUACCACAGACCUAGCCAACAAAGUUCAGUCUGAAACGAACAAUAUAAAUGAGCUGCUUCAGUCACUAAAGUCCAAAGAUGAAGAAUUACAGACAGCAUUUGGCAAGAUUGAUCAAUUGGAAUUAUUGAUCAACCGUGUUAAAGACACGUAUAAUGCAGUAGCCGAGAAUUUAGAUCAAGUUGAAAAAACAGUAAAUGCAAGCACACCGCUUCGACUCGUAAUGUUUAUAUGUUUGCAUACCUAUUUGAUCGCCUUUAUUUCUUAA